AUGACCCGUGCAACUUUCGGUUGCAAGGUGUGUGGCGACUUUAAAAAAAUCGCGCUAGGACGAUGGACUUCACAUCAGCCUCACAUAGUAGUCAUGCUAUCUGCCUUGGCUCAUUUCCAUGGUCUUGAUGUCAAAGAUAUGAAGGAGAUCUAUAGUUCUUUCCGAAUUCGACGAUUAGUUUGCAGAGAGCACUAUGUGGAUGCGGCAUCUUCCAUUGCUGCCGCUAUUGAAGCGCAUACUGGUUCAUUUCAUCAGUGUGGUAUAAAUGUGGAUGAUGGUAUAACAGAAGCUUCACUGUCGACAUUGCUACCUUCAGUAAUUCUGAAUGAUUUGAAAACAUUUGCAAAGGAAAUGGACGUGGGUUUCUAUUAG